AUGCCUAGAAAAGCGGUGGGGUCCUUUACCUAUGGCUUCAAUUCCGCCGUCAUUGGAUCCGUGCCUGGUCUCCCAUCCUUUCUAAACUAUUUCUGUCUCAACACCAGUGGCCCAGAUGCUAGUGAAAGAAGUAGUUCGAUCGGCGCUACCAAUGGCCUGUUUGCUGUUGGAGGCAUCAUUGGCUGUCUUAUUGUGCUAUCAAUGCUAGAUGCCCUAGGCCGUCGCCUAUCCAUCCAGAUCAUAGCUUUCAUUUGUAUUAUCUCUGCUGCGAUCCAAACCGGCUCCGUUCAUAUUGCAAUGAUACUGGCGGGCCAGUUUAUCAAUGGGGUGGGUGUCGGCAUGAUGGAUGUGUCCGUGCCGAUCUAUCAGUCUGAAAUAUCGCUCCCCAAGGCCCGUGGCCGUAUGGUUGGUUCACAUGGGUUCCUUGUGGUGUGUGGCUAUGCAAUGGCCGGGUGGGCUGGUUAUGGUUGCUUUUUUGCAACCAAGGAAGCCCUUCAAUGGCGCUUGUGUCUCGCCCUUCAGAUGGUCGCACCCCUCCUUCUCCUGAUCGGCUCUCUGUGGAUGCCUGAAUCGCCUAGGUGGCUUUGCACUAAAGACCGAACGGAAGCUGCCUUUGCAAUUUUGCGCAAAUUCCAUCACACGGAAGAUGAUGUGAAUGAUAUUUUCGUACAACAGGAACUGAGACAUAUCUGCAUUUUGGUCAGCAUCGAGCGCCAGGAAACUCAGGGACAUGGACUAAGAAGCUUGCUCAAACGCAAAUCCUCCCGAAGGAGACUCCUUAUGGUUUUCUUUCUUGUCACCAGAUGUAUUGCGCAGUCUAAAGGUGUUUUGGCCUGCUAUAAUACUUGGGCUGCAAUCAUGAACUUCGUGAAUAGCCUGAUGCUCGAUAGACGGGGCCGAAUCCGUAUCAUGGUGAUUGGCAUAAUUGGCUGCUCACUUUCGCUGUCAGGCUUUUCCGCGAUGGUCGCCGUGUUUGGUGGAACUUCGAGCAAAGUUGGGAAUGGAUUGGGUGGUAAUAUGGAUACUCCAUCAUAUGUGGUCGGUAUCAGCGUGUCGGGUUUUUUCAUCAUGACUCUCAUCUACACUCAAGCAGCUCCUACCUCUUUCGACCAGGUAGGUUGGCAAUAUUUACUGGUCUUCAUCAUUACUGCUGGCCUCAGUCUCGAGGAAAUCGCUCGACUGUUCGGGGAUGAGACUCCCGAUGACUCGCAUGACGAGAAAGCCUCGGGAUGUUUGGCCCGAAUGUCUCGGAGAUGUCCUUGGCUGGGAAUAUAGUGAACACCAUGAGAGAGUCCAAGUCUGUUGAAUGAACCAGUGUGCGGACCAAGGUCAAAGGCUCUCUUAGGAUCAAG